AUGACUUAUUGUCCUUUGAGGAAAGUUAGGAAAGAAAGUCAUGGUUAUUUUGAAGAAAUGAAUGUCCCGGAGAAAGAGGUAUAAUUGUAAAUACAGGGCCGCAGGUUCGAGUCCUGCCAGUGGGUCUAUAAUUGCAUUUUUCGUACUAACUGCUCCUGCAAGCAAGGUUCAAAACAUGUAUAAAAAUUGUACUCGAAAUUUCCAUUUACAAAUCCCUUCAAUUAUCAGUUAUAUCGACUGAGAUGCCCGAAAUCCUGAUAUUUACCCAUAUAUCGACAAAAAAGCCUCGAUAGCUGAACAUAUAUUAAGACAGUUUAUUAUAUGGCAAGCAUCACUUCCGGCGAAAUGGCGGUCUGUGAUUGGCCGAAAAGCACUUUCAGCGGUCCAGUAUUUACCUGUGAUCGACCGGCGGUCCAUUACGUAAAAACAAACGCACGCAUUUUAAGGUGGCUCCCUACAGUUAUUCUUGUUUAAGCAAUAAUUCCGUAAAACAAGCUUAUUCGUGCAGAACGCGAAUUCUUUUCGACUUGGUGGCGUUAUUGGUCACCUAAGGAAUAUUUCGAACUAGAUUUCGACGAUGUCAAUGUUUCCAUGGCAACACGACGACAGCAUAAAGCCUUCCAAUUUAACUCAUAAAUGUGCCGCUAUCUCAAAAACAAUGUCGGUGACCUAUCUUUUUUAUUUCAUAUAUCAAUAAGGAAUGAUGCUCUGCAACUGUGGUGAAAGUUUAAAAAAAUUCUGUAGUGUGUGAUUUUUUUAAAAGCGAAAAAUUUAUUGCGAAAUUUCCACACUACAGAUUUUUUUAAAAUUUGAAUUUUAUAAAAUUUCCCGCAAAAUAAAUUCGUGGUCAAAAUUUGAAGAUAGGUCACCGAUGAAACUAAUGAGUAAAAUGCAAAUAAAGUUAGAAAAUAGCCUCGUGUAACUCGAGAAAUUGCCCUAUUGAAAAGCGUCGCUGACUAGUAAAAGAUUGUACGCGGGCGCAGAACGAGUUUUCAUUCAGCAAAAUCGAGCCGCAAUGUUGUUUUUACUGUUUUGUUUUUGUCAACUUUUCGAUUUAUUUGAGUGCUAUGGACAGCCAAGGAUUAUUGUGAAGGAUUGAAUCGAUGAAAACAAGGUUGAAGCUAAUUGAAUCCUGCCGUUUACUCAAUCUAUGAGCUGUAACAGCCUAUUAACAGGUGGACGUGUUUUUUUGUUUCAUGUUUGGUUUUGUACUUUUUACUAAAAAUGAACAAUUAGGCUAUGAAACUGAAAUAUUUUUUUGUUUACAUAUAAUCACUUUAAUCUGGUAGAAACACGACUAAAAACGUGAACGUUUUCUUGAGAAGUAAACAACCUUUUAAACGUUUUCUAUGCAAUUUUGCAAAUGUUUUACAGUUGAGUCAGUUGACAAAAUUGUUUCGUAGCUAUUUUUUGGUCUAGUGAUAUUCGUAUCAUAUGUAGAAUUGCUGUAUAGACUCGCAAGUGAUUUGGCACUCAAAACGAAGUAUUAUUCAACGCUUUUUUCCAUUAGAAACCUUUCAGAAAUAGCUUUAUUUUUAAAAAAAGCAUGGUCAAUUUUUGUUUUGUUUUGAUGAUGCAGUUGCGUGGGAUAGUUCCCGUACUUGUCCCGCGAACAUCCCGCACGGAACUGUAGGGAGCCUCCUUAAAACAAAACAACAAAACUAAUUGAAAAUUUAAGAAUUAUAAUUUGAUUUGUUAUUAAUAAGAUAUCUGCGAAUGGUUUUUAGUGGAAAAGAAGGAAUACAUUGGUAUUUUUUGUUUUCUUUAACCAAAUGUGUACUACGCUACUCAUAUGCAUUUUAAAUCAUGUAUUUCUUGUUUGUUUCAAGUAUAAAUGCCUAUAUAUAAAUGCCAUAUAAUAAACUUUUUAUUAACCUCGCUUGCUCGGUAUGUACAGAGAAAUAUCGGACCACAGUGUUUUUGUACAAACCUCGGUCCGAUAUUUCUCUGUUCAGAACUCGCGUUCGGUUAAUAAGUUAUUUGAAGGAACCUAUUGUUUCUUAACCAUGAUUUAAGAUUAAGAAGAUGAUAAACCAGGAAAUAUUGUUUCCUAGCCAUGUUUGUGGAAGGUGGGCAGAGAACAUUGUUUCGAAAACUUCUUUCCUAGCAUACAUGUUCCCCAAAAGCAAGUGACACGAUGAAACUUUCAGUUCUGCAAUAACGUUCAAGCUUGGGAAACAAACUACGUUUCUGAACUUUGAAUUAGUGAUUAUUAUUUAGCUGUAUGGAUCAGAGAAGAAUCCUGGCUUGUCUUGCUUGGAUAUUAACAGUUGUCAUGACAACGAUGGCGAAUAUUGGGUGUCUUCUAAACAAACAUCUUGGAAUGUUACAAAAGUGUUUUGUUACAUGAACUCUGUGAAAGGUAAGGUUGUAAAAAAAAACAAUCACGGGAGUAAUAUACUAAUCAUACAUUGAUAACGAGGGAAAUAUAAAAGAAGUGGUAACAGACAAAACAAGUCAGCAUAGUUGCGAAGAAAAUAAAUUCUGAUCAACAGGGAAGAAUGUUAAUUUUAAAUAAACAGUGUGUUUUAUUACAUUUAUGUUUUAUUUUAUGACUUUAUGUCAAUAUUAUUUAGUUCAAUUUGAAACUAGCAGCCCACUUUAUAGAGGAUAGAUAAUGAACAAAAGGAAAUAAAAUUAUUUUCAUUUUUUCCAGACGCCAAUUCAGUCAACCUGGCCCUAGAUAAGUCUGCAAAUCAAUCCGCAACUUCAACGUCUUGGAAUGCUUCAGCAGGAAGAGCUGUCGAUGGUAACAAAAAUCCCCAUUUUUAUGAAGGUUUGUCAUGUACGCACACACAGUAUCCGGUGACAGACUCCCCGCCAUGGUGGCGAGUGGAUUUACAGAAUGUGGUAGGUAUAAUUGAAAACUGAUUUUGGUGGAUAAUGCAAAUGAGCAUAUGUACUAUUCACAACAUGAGCGGUCGUGUUGUAUCGGAUAUACAAGGCGAGAGUUUGUUAGUGGCGUAACUCCUUUGGGGGCCGCCUUGACGUAGCCCCCCUCCCUCCCCCCUUUCUGUCGUCACUUUGAAUAGGCAGGACCAGGGACCUUAUUCCAGUUAAAGCCGGGGUCCCUCUUUAGCACAAAGUUACGCCACUGCCCAUCUUCUUUUUCUAAUAUAUGCACUCCAUCAAUAUUUCACGCACCACGGUUCAGCGUAUGUGCAAUUGAAAGGCAUUCAAAUUUUAACAAUAUGCUUGAUUUAUUGUGAUGCACUUUUUUUAGACACCCUGUACAAACUCCUUCACGCUCGUGAUUUCUUUUGACAGUUUUGUGUUUUCUUCAUAAAUUAUUAACGAGUUUCACAAAUCUAUACAUACAAUUCAAAACAUCUUUGAAGUCAAGUAGGUACAAUAGAACUGUCUUUUAAUCUUGACUCGGGCCGACAAUUUUAGGGUUAUAUGCGACAAAACUUAGGUAUUAAUUAAAAUCUCGCUGGGGUUUUAGACGUCGUCCCCGUUCCGUUUACAACGGCAAAUCACAGAUUAUCGCGUCUUGUGUACAACGGCUGCGACAACUGAUAUUCCAUAUUAGACUGCGAGCGUCCCUCAGGAGAAAGGAGGGACUGCCGACAACACAUCAAGAAACGAAAUACGCGUUGCCUACACAACGCAAAAUUCCCAUUGGUCGAAAUCGAUAUGCCUGUCAAUCAAAUGCGAUAUGUAGUAAUAAUGCUAUAAAUAAUUCCAGACUUGAAUGUUGAUUUUAUAAAUAAACAUGACAGGCUAAAUGAGCGGUUCCUAUUGGAUGGAUUUAAUUGGAUAUAACUAUAAUGUUAAGCAAAGGCGGAGCCAACUUAACAAAAGCGAAAAGUGGGCGUAUUUCGUUUCUUAAUGAGUUGUCGGCAGUCCCUCCUUUCUCCUGAGGGACUGCUCGCAUUCUAAUUUCAUACUGGGUCCUAGAACUAUUCUCUCAAUUCUCAAUCAUAAAGCCCGGCCUUUGAAGCAUGUCCCCCCCCCCAUCAGGCCUAGAACUCUGAACUCUGUGUAAUUAAAAACAGUCAAGUAUAGUCGACAGACCUGACAGUUUUUAUUGUGAAAGUGCAUGGAGACUUAUAAGCAAUGAGUAACCAAAGUUUGCAGACCAAACUAAUAACUCGGCAAAACUAUACGUGACAUUCACCCCCCUUGAAUGAGUCCCAGCGUCGCCUCUGCGUAUGUCAGCUACUAUGCUCUAUAGUUGGGAUAUUUCAUAAUGAACUAUUUCAUAAUUUCAGGUUAUUCAGUUGUAACGUUUUAAUUCUUCAUUUUUUUUAAUGUUCUAUAUAUAGUACUUCAUUCGAAAGCUGAUCAUCACUGGUCGGAACGACUGCUGCCAGGACAGACUUAAGGAUUUUGAGAUAAGGAUUGGCUUAUCUCUGGAUAACAAUGGCAACUCUAAUCCCACUUGUGGUGGAAAUCAUUCACUGACUAGCAACGUAGUCACCAAGAGUAUCACGUGUCCACAGCCCAUGAUCGAAAGAUAUGUAAAUAUUAUAAUUCCUGAACAAAACAAAAUUCUUACAUUAUGUGAAGUGGAAGUGUAUCCCUAA